CCUUAUUUUUUUAUUUUUUUUCUGUAAUUUUAAAUUAUAGAAUCACUGGUGUUCUAGGAUCAUGGCGUUGCUGCGCGGCAUGCCAAACCUUCUUGACCUCGACGCCACUUGGAUGGACGCCGAUCUACUCGCAUCCCUGGUCUAUCUCCAAAAACUCGAGCGGCUCUCGAUCUCACGCCUCCAGGGCUCACAGUCCGAAGAAAACGAGUUCUUUGAGCCGUCCUUUCAGGGGUCCAGGCGAAUUGUCGAACUCAACAUGGCGGACUCGAGCCAGAUGACGGAUUCGGCUCUCGUCAGUAUCACCAGGACCUGCCCUCAGAUCCGCGUGUUGAUUGUCUCGGGUAAUAAGGGUCUCACUCACGAGGGGUUGAUCCAAUGGUGCGAACAGAUCGCUACGUCCUCUUCGUCUUCCUCUUCGUCCUCGGCCAGUCUGCACCACCACCCCAACUAUAGCUUUACCAACAGCAGGCUAUAUCUGUCAAAGGCACCAGUAGUUGGGAUGACAGAGUUGACGACUAUUAAUUUCGCAAACUGCAACCAGAUCCAGUCCACAGGGUUCCAGGCACUCUUUGAAUGCUCCAGGAACCUCCAGCAUGUGAACCUGAUGUCAACACGCGUGGAGGAUGCAGCCCUUCAAGUUUUAGCCUCCCAGAAUAAGAGUCUAAAAAGCCUCGUUCUCAACUGCUGUGCCGCGAUUUCGAAUCUGGGCUUACAAACCUUGUUGAGACAAUGCCGCCAACUUCGGGCGGUCUCGUUCCUGUACUGCCAUCGGAUCACCAUCAGAGUAUUCUUUCAGAACCUUUGGAAGUGUUUGGGUCUUCAAGAGCUGCGAUUCUCGCUGAACGGUCGACAUAUGGACCUAAUCGAACAUGGACUCACAGGAGGAGCUCCAGCCCCAGUGAUGGAAGUGAACCCGAGCGCGGUGACUACAGACACGGAGACUGAGACGGAGACGGGAAUUCAGGGAGAUGCCUCGUCUGUAUUCUAUGAGCCCCAGCUCGAAUACUUGGUCUAUGGCGGGCCCGAGUUGGAUGAUACCCCCAUGAACUCAAAUCAACUCUCAGCCUCGGUCAACAACAUCAACACAACGCCAAUGUCAUCGCUUGCAGACCACUUCCAUCGAGAUGAAGACAAUUCGUUCUCCUCGGUUCAAGAAUAUCGUCAGCACUUGAUCCUUACUCAAGUCUACCGCCAGAUCGAGCAGCUCACGCAGCUUUCGGUGCUGGACAUGCGUGAUAUCCAUCUGCCGCUGGAUCUUGCUAAGGGUUUCUCACGACUGGGUCAUUUGGAGAAGCUGCAAGUCCUUGAGCUAACUGGUCUUGGACAGCCCCUGGGUCAACCGGAGGUCGAUUGGCUGUUGGGUGCGAUGAAUCAAGAUACCUUGGUUGUUGAGGAACAGUCGAGAAGAGAGAAGACACCUUUGCCUUCAUUGCAUCAGUUGGUGUUUAAGGGAGGAUAUAGCAUGUCGACAAAGCUACUUCAGAAACUGAAGGAUCAUAGACCGUGCCUGGAGGUGCAAUUGACACAAGUCAAAGACCUCGCAUAACCAUUUCGCGAACAUGCCAACAUAGAGAAUGAGCAUUAUUGUUUGCAAAUAAAAUAUUUUUUUUUACAAAAAAA